GUACUAACCUAACGAAGAACAACAGCCUGCGCAGAAUCCACGCAAGGCAAACUGCCAAAUGUGGUCGAUCAGAUGAGAAAAUAAUCGUUGAGAAAAGGAAUUCCGAGGGAUUCAUAAUUUCAGCCAUGAAAGAUUACGAGAUUGAAGAAAAGAAGCAAGCUGCUUCAGACGUCAUGUUUCAAUAUUCAAAAUUUGCUCUUGCAUGUCUUGGAAACCAGGCUCGGCCAUGCGACUUAAGGUUGCAUCUGAUGAAGGAGAUUUCUGGUUUGCCGACUUCACUGAAAAAGGCGCCAUCUCACACAGCUGCUUCUCCUGAUGUUAUGGGAGAAUCGUCUGGCACAGGCACUGCAAGACUUGACAAGGCAGAUAGUUUUAGAGCACUCUGAGAUAUUAUGAGAUACCAACCUCAUUAGGGAAUGAGAAGCUGUGUAACCCGUUUCUUCGUACAUCAAGUGUGGAAAUUCGGAAGUCACUCAAAAUACCCGAGUCUGCAGAUGAUGCAGAGGCGCUAGGCGCCAUCCGUCAAGCCAAGGACAAUUUUUAGGGUCGAUAACAAGACCGGAAAUAUGUAUUACCAGCCACGUAGACUCUUCUAGAAGUCUGCUAAACUCGACCCGUGGAGUGAAGACGAUUGGGAUGAAUCAUACCAUUGGAGAAAGAAAGUGAUCUCAUGAAGAGUUCUAUGCAUAAGGUAGGCCCAUUGCAGUGUGUUGGAUCCCAAUCUUUCAUAGAACUUUGCUUCCUUUUGAAGGCAAGAUUUCUUUGUUUUGAUCAAAUGAUGAAAUAUCUGAGUUUGGUGUGUAACUUUGGGAAAGAAAGCUAACUAUUUUGAUGUUGAUUUA